UACGUGUUAUACAAACUGUUUUGCCACAGUAUUCUGCUGGCAUUUUCAGCGGUUGAAUAUUUGCCUUAAAAUGGCUCUUCUCGCCCUCCGUAUGUUUCUCUGUCUGUUGUUUGUUUUUUCGUCCGCAAGUGCUUGGCUGGGAAUUAAUCCCCAAAGAAACGAUGGACAAAUCGAUGAGUCUAAUAACCAGCUCGCUACACCAAGACCGGUGGCACAGAAACUGAACAUUCUGACAAUGCCGGAUCGUAUGCUGGCCAUGAAAGCGUACCUGGAUACAGCCAACUUGCCGCAAACACCUUAUCAACGCAAAAUUAACUUGGCUUUCUUACAAGCCAUGGCCAAAAUGCUGGAGUCCCGGGGUUACUACGUUUGCAUAAGCCCUCCGGGUGGGGACUCUAUUUAUUUUUCAAAGACCCUUGUGAAAACGCGGUUUUCAAAGGGAGGGGACUCUAUUUUCGGGAGACACUUAUUGAUAAAAUACGGCAAAACCCAAAUUGUGGAAGUGGAUUCUGACGACAUUGGUUCGUGGUCGAGUUCCAAUGCAUAGAAGCACUAUGCAGACCGUUCCGGCAUUGCAUCACCCUGUCGCAAAUCAAAUAAUGGGCACUGGAACUAUCGGUUCAUGUUCCCUGUUCAGAAUUUAAAUGUUUGCCGUGUGUCGGCAGGCUCAUGCAAUAUUAUACCGGUAUGUUAAUAAUUAUGUGCAUCAGGUCAUUCACGUUGUACCUGUCUGCUUAAUAUGACGCUUUCGAGACAACGCGGCCGGCACAAAGAAGAUAUCAACAUGUACUCUGUAUAAUAGUAGCGCUCGUAUAUCGUACAAUGUCGCUGAUUUUGCUUGCAGCAAUCGGGGUUUGUGUACAGUACAUUUUUUUGAGUAGCAGUUUGUACAAUAUCUGUACUCUUGUUGGCUGUUUACUGUACGACUAAUAAUUUAUUAUUACUGAAUACUAGUUGAUUACUUUAUGCCGGCCAUAAGCGCGCAUGACGGAGUUACUAGCGUGCAUCUCUCAAAUGCAAACCGUUGUUGUGUUUUAGUCUUGCUGCAUUUUCAUUCGCAAACGUUUAGGUAAUUUGUUGGAACAAAUUUUAUUAAUAAGCUUUGGUGGUUUGCUGAGCAAGCACGUGCUGUAUGUACUAUGUAUCACGUAGCAAUUUUAUGGUAU